AUGGCGGCGGCUGCCGGCGGGAGUCGAGAGGAGAGGUGGACCCUCGCCGGAGCGACGGCGCUCGUCACCGGCGGCAGUAAGGGGAUCGGGCACGCGAUCGUCGAAGAGCUGGCCGGGUUCGGCGCGCGGGUGCACACGUGCGCCCGGAACGCGGCGGAGCUGGAGGAGUGCCGCCGGCGGUGGGCGGAGGACGGGCUCGUCGUCACCGUCUCCGUCUGCGAUGUCUCCGUGCGUACUGACCGGGAAAGGCUCAUGGACACCGUCAAGGCCACCUUCGGGGGCAAGCUUGACAUUCUUGUGAACAACGCUGGACAGUGCACGUUCAAGAACGCUACGGAGUGCACAAGCGACGACUACGCCCGGCUCAUGGCAACCAACCUCGAAUCCUGCUACCAUCUCAGCCAGCUCGCGCACCCGCUCCUCCUCGCCAGUGGCAGUGGCGGCAGCGUGGUCCACAUCUCCUCCGUUGCCGGUUUCAUUGGGCUACCAGCGCUCACUAUCUACUCCAUGACCAAGGGCGCCAUGAACCAGCUCACCAGGAGCCUUGCCACAGAAUGGGCCCGUGAUGGCAUCCGUGUCAAUUGCGUGGCACCCGGUGGAAUCAAGACUGACAUCAGCAGAGAUGAGACCAUAGACCCGGAGCUGGUGAAGAAGGAGAUGGCGCUGCUGCCCAUGGGGAGGAUCGGUGAGCCGGAGGAAGUGGCAUCGAUGGUGGCCUUCCUGUGCAUGCCGGCAGCAUCCUACAUGUCCGGCCAGGUCAUCUGCGUUGACGGUGGCCGCACCAUAGCUUAGCUCGAUACUACAUGCCUAGUGAACCCGGCU